AUGUUCCCCGGGAACGAAUCAGACCAUCUACACCUGGUCGCAGGAGGAACAGCCUUCCAGCGAACCAUGGCGGAAGAUACAGCCCGAAAGGCUAUAGGGACGACAUGCGGUAUCGAGAUUGAUAGGAGUAAUUAUUGGGUUCCAGAGUUGUAUCAUAAGACGGAGGGUGGAUUUGAGCUUGUGGAUGUUGAGGGGAUUGAACUGUAUUAUAUGAACCGAGCGUGCAAUUAUACCGAGGAUGCAACGGCUUGCGACACGCAGAAUGAGGUUGCGAUUGCGCCUCCCGACGGAUUACGAAUGGUCGCUGGGAACCCUUUUCUUCGAACAUAUAACGAUUCCAACCCAGCCCAGCAAGCAAUAUCCCACAUGUGCAUUAGAGAGGACGGAUCUUCCAAUGAAACGAAACACCUUCCCCAAGAGCCGUGCUCGCUCUUGCGAUCUCAGGUCUUCUUCCCAUCAUGCUGGGACGGGAAGAACGUUGACACCCAUGACCACCAUAGCCAUAUGUCCUACCCCGCAAUCGGCCACUACAACCAAGGCGUCUGCCCACCAUCCCACCCAAUCGCAAUAAUUUCCAUCUUCGCCGAGUUUCUCUUCGACACAAAGCCCUACCCCGACUACGAUAAUCUAGUCUACGCAAUGGGCGAUCCAACCGGCUAUGGCCUACACGGGGAUUUUGUGAACGGCUGGACAGACCUCGAUGCGCUACGGGAUGCGCUGGUGACAUGUACAGGUGACAAGGGGUUGACUGAUCCAAGUUGUUCGGUCACAAAGGAUCAACAUGGCGUGCUGGCGCCGCAAUCUAGGCCGAUGGAGGUGCAUUCGCCUAAGGAGGAGAGAGAGUUUGGGCAGAAUGGGCCGAUUCCGAAGUUACCGGGGGAUAACCCUGUGACGGGGCCUGGGGAUGAAGAGGAAGUGGGUGGAAAGGAGGGUGGAGAAAAGGACGGAAAAGAGAGAGGAAAAAAUGAUGGGAAAGAGGACAAUGAGCAGGACGAGAGUGAGAACGGUGGCUCCAAGCCGAAGCCAAAGCCAAACCCGGCGCCGGGAGAUGAGGGAUCCGGGAAGGGAUGUUGGUUUUGCGGCUGGGGAGGGUUGAAAUGA